GAAACCAUUAAAUAUAAUGACGACGAUCACAAAACUGUGUUUCUGAAAACAUUAAAUGAGCAACGAUUGGAAGGAGAAUUUUGUGACAUAGCUAUUGUUGUAGAAGAUGUAAAAUUCAGGGCACACAGCUGCAGUUCAACUAGUUCCAGAUGAUAGACUGCAAACGUUAGAGAAGAAAGCAGCAUCAAAGUAUACAGAAAUGUCAAGAACACCUGGCAAAACUUAUAGAUUGAUUGCUUUUGUAAAAAAAUAUAAUUAAUAUGAGGAAUCCCUAAAUAAUAAGAUGUUGCAGUGCCUCGGAACAGUCAGUUUACAAGAGGCUUUUAACUUAGCCUUGAAGACCACCCUGUUCAUUUCACCUUGGCUGCAUCUAGUGCAGAAGAUGACGAAGAUAAUUGGGAGCAAUUACUUUAGUCUCCUGCCGAGAGCGUCUGCUAUUACCUUUCCUCUUUUCCCUCUCCUGCUGCUUCAGCCUACCUGUGUGUGCAGUGAGCGAAGACAUGGGAUAUGUGCUAAACAGUGAGCUCCUUCCUCCUUCUCUUCCCUUCGCCCCCCCUCCCCCCUCAGCGGUGCAUUUUGGAGGUAACUGGCAGGGAAGCAUUUCAGGGCUGGCUGCGUUGUUCUGUGCGUGUAGCUGUCCAAGGUGCUACCACUCCUGAUGUCACGGCAAAACUCGUUCUUAUAAUUUGCUUGUUUGCUUUGCCCGCCCGCUCACUUCCUGCUUCUUACACACGAUUUUGUGGUGUCUUAUUACACUGUUCUCUUGGCAGGAAGGAACCAUGGUGUUUGCUCCAGGAGAUAAAUCUGGAACCAGACAGGAAGAGACAAAACUGCAGAAUGCCAGCAAAUUGAUUGUGCAUAUAGCCAUUCAGCAGGCAGUCCAGCAAUUUUCCCAGGAGAUCCACACAAAGGAAAAAGGCACAGACAACAAUGUGAGCCUGCAGUUUGAAAGAGGACAAUUAACUAAAAAGCACAAGAAGAAGUAAAAACCCACCACUGUUGCUUUUGAAUCAUCCAAUUGACAGCCCUUCCAGCUUCUUAAAAUGUGUUGUCAGCACCCCAGACAAGCAACAAAAAGUAUAAUCAGCCAUUAGUGAUAGAAAUAAGCAGUUGCAGUAGUCCUUCCUGAAAAGUAAGGUUUUAAGAGCACUAACUAACAUAGUUAACACCGAUGCCAUGUCUCUAACAUUCAUUACUCAACAACACAAUGACAGCUGUGUCAAAAACAAAACCAUCCUAAAUGAAAAUCCUGUGUUCAGGAUGUUCUUAAACUGUAUCUCUGUCUAUGUAUGUCAUCAGUAUAUAAUCAACUGGAAGACAUCUGUAUGGUUCCAGUUUCUCAAGAAUCUAUUAUAUCGAAACAUUGAAGAGUAUGUUUGAAGUUGUGUCCCUGAAGUGCAAAACUAUGCAUAAGCUUAAGAAAGGAAGGUAAGAUAGGUAAGGUAAGAAGAGUUCAAAUAAAAUGGAACAAAUCUAUGAAAGACCCUUAUAUAAAUGAACAAAGUAGGCUUAAAUAUAGUUCAGGCCUUUUUCUUGGUUAUUUGUUUAAAUUAUACAAGGAUAAUCUGUAUUUAAAAAUGUCAAUGAGCAUUGAACAGAAUCUAGAGAAAGUUCAGUAUUACUAAAUUAUCUUAUGUAUUUCUCUUUAGGAAUGAGCUUCUUUUAAUUCAAUGUGAUUUAUUCCCAGGUAAGCGUCCAACGAAUACUCAGGCUCAUGUCUUAUUAUUAAUUAUAUCUGAAAGUUUUAUCUCUUAUUGUUCUCCAUUUGCAUUAUCUUUCAUUUGUUUAAUACCAUUAAUUGCAAUCAACUUGUCUUAAAUCAAUCUUCUUCCAUGAUCUCUGGAGAAUACCAAAGAGAAACAGGUGCAUGGAUGGACUUUUCAGUUGUAUUCCUU